AAAAUAUUGUGUUGAAAGAUUUUUUUUGGUUAUAAAUAAAUUAAACGUGGACAUAAAAAUGAACGAUAGAAAUGACAUUGUGUUAGUGGGAGACGGUUUUGUCGGAAAAACUUCAAUUGUAAACGCAUUAACCAAAAAAUCAUUUGAUGUUUCAUCCAAUCCAAACAUUAUAAACGAGACUGAAGUGGAAAUUGCAGAGUUGUCUUCAUCUAUAAAAUUUAACAUGAUUGAUACAGCAGGACAGGAAGAAUAUGAUUUUGCCAGGAAAGAGUCGUAUGAAAAAGCAAACUUAUUUUUACUUUGCUUUUGUGUUCAUGAUUUUAAUUCAUUUGAUAAUAUAAGAACAAAAUGGGCUAAAGAAUUAGAUUUAUAUAAAAAUGUUCCAAAAAUACUUAUAAGUACAAAAUGCGACGAAAAAGAAAAAGAUUUUAUAAAGAGAAACGAAAUAGAAAAACUAAGAAGAAAAAUAAAUUGUGUAGAAUAUAUAGAAUCUUCAGCCAAAACCUUGGAGGGUAUAGAGACUAUUUUACAGACUGCAUAUAGAGUUUUAAAUACUAAGGAAACCAAACGAAGUUGUGUUAUCAGUUAAUAAAAAGUAUUCAACCAAUUUUUUUUUUACCAAAAUUGGCAAUGUUGUCAAAUUUGUGAUUGAAACAAGAAAACAAUAUAUAAACAGCUAAAUAUUUCGGAA